AUGCAGAAGUACGGCGACAGCACAGCGCAGCUGAAGGCGUGGGCUGUGAUUCGAUUUAUUAAUCAUUUUGGCUGUGUUCCUGAAGAUAUAAAGAACCCUCCUUUGUCUCUGCCUCCUUGCUGCUCUUCUUGCUAUCCUCAUUGCUUAAAAGAGCACGUUAUUAACUGCAGCAACUGCACAGAUCCACCAACAGACAGACAUCUCUUAGCACCUCCUCAAGUUGCUCCAUUAUCACCUUCAUCUGCACCUUCCCUCUCUCCUGCUGCUCCUCCUGCUGCUGCUGCUGCUUCUCCUCUCCCCGCUAUUGCAGGGCUCAGCAGCAGCAGCAGCAGCUGCUGCAGCAGCAGUAGUAGUAGUAGUAGCAGCAGCGCCAACAACGCAAGAGCGAGAGCUGCAGCAGCAGGUGCUGCUGCAUCACCGGUAGAGACAGCUGCUGACUGCCUUCAGACUGCUUUGCGUAGCUGCCCUUCAUCUGCUGCUUCUUCGUGGCUUAGAGAAUCUGCUGCUGCGAGGCCUUCACAGCAGCAGCAGCACCAACUCCGACCCUCUCCAGGGGACACGCCUCUGCUAUCGGAGGCGUCGCCCGAUGUGGGGCUGCUAACAGCAGCAGGAAGCAGCAGCAGCAGCAGCAGCAGCAGCAGAUUCGAGACGGCUUUAGGGGGAGACACAGAUGGGGUACCUCCCUCUGUUGGUAGCUGCAUGCAAGCCCUCAAGUUUCAGCCGCUGCCUCCUGCUGCAGUUGCUGCUGCUGCCUCGCCGCUGCCCUCUGAGAGUUUGUUUGCAGCAGCAGCUGCUGCAGCAGCUGAAGGGAAGAAUGCUGCUGCUGCUGCUGCCUACGGCGGAGUCCUCGCAGGUGUGGGGUCCGCCCAUUCGCACAGCGCAGCAGCAGCACCCUCAUCAGCCCCAGCAGCAGCAGCAGCAGCAUCGCCUAUAGACGCUCGGUCAGGGCCUCCUGUGAAGCGCUAUAGAACGGAGGAGAGUCUGCUGCAGGCGGAGCUGCAGCUGCAGCAGCAACUCUCAGCAGCAAGAAAGAGGCAGCAGCACGACUCCGUGGGGGGUGAUGCAGCAGUGAAUGGCGCCAGUGAUUGGGUCUCUGCACGCAGCAGCAGCAGCAGCAUCCCUGGGCUCCUUGUUGGAGGCACGCUGCUGCCGCAGCAAGCAGCAAAAGGCAGCAGCGGAGUGCAGCAGCCACCGCUGCAUCUCCCCUCUUUCCCAAGUGAAUUGAAGGUGGGGCUGCUGCAGCACGGCAGGUUGCUUCAUGAGCAGCAGCAGCAGCAGCAAUUCGGUUACCAGGCGGCCAAUGCCAGACAGCAGCAAAGUCUGCUGCAGGGCAUGCGGCUGUCGCUGCAGCAGCAGCUGCAGGAGGGCUGUGCUGGCGACCCCCAGCAGCAGCAGCAACACCAGCUGUCUUGUGAAGAGGAGAGCGAAGGAGGCUUGCCUCAUGUUUACACUGCAUACGCUGAGCAGCUGCUGCACGAAAUUUUGUCGGAGUCCCCGUUGCCCCCAAAGGCAGCAGACAACAGCCCAGAGCAGCAGCAGCAGCAGCAACAGCAGCAGCAGCAGCAGCAGGAGGCUGUCAAGGGGGAAGAGGAGCAGCAGCAGGCGUCCGGUGCCGAGAGUGGAGCCCCUGCAUCCGCUGCAACCUCCCCGCAAGUAGCAGCAGCAGCUCCAGCAGCAGCAGGAGCAGCAACAGCAGGAGCAGCAAAUAGCGAUGCUGACUUAGAAGGCAAAGCAGGCAGCAGCAGCAGAAGGCGUGGAGGUGUACAUACACGUGCUCUGACCCGCGCCUUAACAAGUUCGCCUGUGGGGGGUUGUAUCUCUGGGGGCGAAGGCAGCAGCAGUAGCAGCAGCAGCAGCAGCAGCGGUGGCGGCAAUCAGCUGCUGCAGCAGCAGCUGCUGCGGUGGAGCUUAGCAGCAGCAGCAGCAGGCGGAGCAGAAGCACUCUGGUGCUGCUCAAACAGAGAUCCAUUUCAGCUGCGGCAAGGCACAGCCUACGGCAACACUCGAGAUGCAGCAGCAGCAGCAAAGAGGCGCAAUAUGUUGACGAGGCAGAUGCGUAGGCUUACUUCUGCUGCUUCUGCUGCUGCUGCUGCUGCUGCAGGCCCUCCUGAGUCGCUGGUCUCCCUCGGCCGCUCUUCAGCGGCUUCCACGGGUGCAGCAGCAGCAGCAGCAACUGCUGCUGCUUCUGUGAGCGACCGCGACGCUUACAUGCACACGCACACUCACGGAGGGGGCAGCAGCAGCUGCAGCAGCAGCAGCAGCAGCGGUGCUGCUCUUAUUGGAGUGCGCUCUCUAGGGCGCAGCAUCAAACCCCCCGCUAGAUUACUAUGGCUUGCGAAGAAGCAGAGGUGGCGGCAGCAGCGAGAGGCUGCAGCACGUGUCAGUCUUGCAGCAGCAGAUUUUGCUGCUGCUGCUCCUUUCGGCGUAGAUUCGGCUUCCCAGGCUGCAGCAGCAGCGGCAGCUGCUGCUGCUGCUGACGGCUGCUGCAGCGCAACAGCACCCGGAGCCUGCGGAGGCACCAUCUCUAUCGGCAACCCUGACGCAGAAGAAGCAGCAGCAUGUAGCAGCGAUGAAGGCAGCAACUGGAGAGGCUGGACGCGACAUAGACACCGCAGCAACAGCUCAGCAGCAGCAAAAGCAGCAGCAGCAGCUGCUGCUGCUGCUGCUGUUGCGCCUCUCGGAGGCGCAGCUGCCUAUGAGGCCCUACAACUGCAGCUGCAGCAGCAACACAGGCAGCACCAGCAGCAACGCGCACAGCUGCUGCAGCAGCACCACCAAAAACUCCUCCUCCAGCAGCAGCAGCAACAGCAACGUUCACCGGCAGUGGCACCAGCAGCAGCGAAUGACAGUGCACCUUCCUGCGCUGCCGCAGCAGCAGCAGCAACAACAGCAACAGCAAAAAGCUGUGUAGCAGCAGAAGCAUCAGCAGCUCCAGCUGGAGCAUCUCCAACACCAGCGGCCGCUGCAGCACCAGCAGCUGCAGCAGCAGCUUCAACUGCAGCAACUCUAGGGGGGCUUCCACCCCAUCACGAUGCACAGAGGCUGCGGAGGCAGCUGCAGCAACUGCAGCAAAAGGAGCUGCAGCGAUUCUUGGCUUUGUCUCAGCAGCAGCCGCUGCAGAAGCAGCAGCAACUUGCAGCAGCAGCUGUGGCUGCUGCUGCUGCCAGUGCCUCGGCUGCUGCUGCAGGUGCGACGCCUGGGGGGCCUGCUCCCCAACAGCAGCAACAGCAACAGCAGCCGCAACCGCAGCCAGCAACAGCAGCAGCAGCAGCAGCUGCUGCUGCUGCUGCUGCUUGGCCGCAUGCAAACGCACUUAAGCCGCAAGGCAGCUAUCCAUCGGGACUUCUGUUGCAGCAGCUGCUGCAGUUUGAGUCGCAGCAGCGGCGGCAGCAGGAAGCUGGAGACGGCAGCAGCGGGAGCUUACCCGCGCAGCAGCAACAACAACAGCAACAGCUGUUGCAGCGCCACAGGCAGCAGUUGUUGCAGCAGAAGCUGCUGCUGCAGCAGGGCAGCUGCAGCCCGCAGCAACUUCUCAUGCUGUCAGGCCGGGCUCACUUGUUUGCCCAGGUAAAGGCAGCAGUUAAUGCUGCAGCAGCAAAGGCUGCUGCGGCGUCGCUGCAGCAGAGCCAGCAGCAGCAGCAACAGCAGCAGCAGCAGCACAGCUUCCUGCAGCAGCACCUCCAAGGCAUUCAGGGUCGUCUGCAGCAAACAGCGAUAGCUGCUGCUCUCCAGUCUGCAGCAUCAAGAGCAGCAUCAGGCGCAGCAGCAGCAGCAGCAGCAGCCGUGCAGCAAGCACCAACAGUAGAACAGCAAGAAGAAAUGGAGGACCCAGCAGCAGCAGCAGCUUCUGCAUUUGCUGCAAGCGACGCUACUGGAGACGAACGCAUAGUAGAGCACCAGAAGCAGUCGCAGCAGCAGCAGCAGCCGUCGCAGCAGCAGCCGCAUCAGCAGGAGCAGCCCCCGCAACAGCAGCAGCAGGAACAGGCAACGCCGCAGGCGCAGGAGCGGCAGCAGCAACAGCAGCCGGAGCAGCAGCAACCGCAGCUGCAGGAACAACAGGAAGAGCAGCAGCAACAACAGGACCAAGCGCAACAGCAGCAACAGCAAGGGCAGCAAGAGCAGCAGCACGAGAAGCCGGAGCAGCAGCAGGAGAAGCAAGAGCAGCAGAAGGAGAAGCAAGAGCAGCAGCAGGAAAGGCAAGAGCAGCAAGAACAUUGCCUUUUGCUGCCCUCAGCAGCAAAGACCACCACAGCAGAAGGCUGGGUUGGGCCCAGUGUAUUGACUCCUCCUGCUGCAGCUUCUUCUGCCGCUGUUGCAGCAGCAGCAGCUGCUGCUGCUGCUGCUGGCGCUAAGAAAGCAGAAGAGGGAGAGGCAGCAGCAGCACAGACGGGGCAGGGUCGCUGCAGCUCCACAGCAACGACUUCUAGUGCAGCAGAUCAUACAGAAGACAGCAAAGCUAACGACCUUUCGUUGUUAAAGCAGCAGCAGCAGCAGCAGCAGCAGCAGUUGCUUUUGCUGCUGCUGCUGCAGCAAACCCCUGGCGCACAAGAAGCGCAGCAGAGACCCGCGGAACCUCAGAAGGAGCAGGAGCAGCAACAGGAGCAGCAGCAGGAAACGCAGCAACAGGAUGCUCAACAGCAGGAGGUGCAACAUCAGAAAGCGCCGCAGGAGCAGCAAGAGCAGCAGCAGCAACAACAGGCGGUACUGUCCGGUGCUGCAGUAGCUGAAGCUACAGCAGCAGCAAACAGCUGCUACAACGGCUGCACUUUGACAGGUUUAGUAGAGAGAGCAGAGACAACUGAAAAUUUGCUGCUGCAGCAGCAGGGCCUCGCGUCUUCUGCUGAGGCUUACUGCUGCAGGGCAGAGCAGCUCCCUCCUGCAGCAACAUCAGCAUGA